AUGGUUUCAACUCCACUCUCGCUACUCCGCUCAUUCAAGGUUGCGCGCCAGGCCGCUCCUUGGCGACAAGGACUUGUCCUCGUCCGUCCCUCGUCUCAUGCAACAACAAAAUCAACCCUCACGCGGGCUGCCUCAGCUUCGAGUCCCUCCUCUCUCUCCCGGUCAAUCACUUACUCUGCGAGGUCUGUUUUCCGCGUGGCGCCCAUUAGCACCAGUCUGUCGAAUGUCAAUGCCGCCUCGACUCUGCAGCAACUCAACUCCGACGAAACAGACCACCACCAGCAGGACGAGAAAUUGAGCAUGGAGGAUGAUGUGGACUUUCAACGUAUCAAACUCACGGCCAGCCGCGCCCAGACACCGCUCUCCAUUGCCCAAUGUCUCAUGCUGGGCCAGACUCUGAACGCCAAAUCGUUGCUCAAGAACCUCUCCUUCCUUAACAGAGAGCUCCCCGUCCGGUUCUCGAAACGAAUCGUUGAGUUGAGCAACCUGCCGAGUGAGUUGCGCAAGACGGAGCCGAUUAUGAACCUGAUCAAGAAUUAUACGACCUCAUUCAACGAACUGCAGGCAUAUUCUGACAACAGUCAUCUAUGGUUUCUCUCACCCAACACACAUGUUCACGAGGACAUGGAACUGGAAGAUAACGAGGCCUUCCAGACAACCGUUCAAAAGGAAUACGCGAAUCUCUUGCAGAAAGUCACCAAUCGCCACAAACAAGAUGUGAUCUACAUGGCCCAUGGCAUCAGUCUGUUCAAGCGAUAUCAGAACACCCGCAGUCAACCAUCGGAUGAGAUCCAGCACUUUCUCAACUCUUUCAAUCGAGGCAGACUCGGGAUCCGGAUCAUGGUCGGCCACCACUUGGCUCUUCUGAAUCAGCUUUUCUAUCCAGCAGGAGAACUCUCGUCAUCAUCGUAUCUCUCUACGCCGACCAGUGCACAGUCCAAGAGAGUCGGUAUUAUUGAGCCUCAGUGCGAUAUCGAGGCGCUGAUCCAGAACGCGACUCAAUCGGCCCAGUUUGUCUUUUUCCAACACUACAGCAGCGUCUUUCCGCCCAACGUUCAUAUUGUGCACGCAAAGGAACUGGGAGGGAGGAAGGUCAGGUUCCCGGUUGUACCAGCAUUGCUGCACCACAUCCUGUUUGAGUUGCUCAAAAACUCGAUGCGUGCUACCGCAGAGUUCCAUGGUCUCGACAAGUCUUCCUAUCCAGAUAUUGAAAUCUACCUGUCAUCCAACCCUGCAGGAGAUCUUGACAUCCGGAUCAAGGACCACGGUGGAGGUAUGCCUCCUGGACACAUUGUGAAGCCGUUCGAUUACCUAUUCACAACGGCAUCCAGCACUGUUUGUAUCGACUUUCCGUCCAUUAUGACUGCUGUCGAGAAGAAGCCACAAAAAUCCGCCAUGGGAGAGAACCUUCCCCUCUGUGGAUUCGGAUUCGGCCUGGCCACCUCCAAACUCUACGCGAGACUUUUUGGCGGAGACCUGACGCUGAACUCGAUGGCAGGAAGCGGAACUGAAGCCACGAUUAAAAUGAAGCGACUUGAAGACCAGCUCGAGCAUUCUGACGACAAGUAG